AUGCCGUCUUAUGCAACACCAUUAAAGUUGGGUUCUUUACUCUUAAAAAAUCGUGUUAUUAUGGCAUCAAUAACACGUGAUCGAAGUCGUAUUCCUGGUCGAAUUCAAAUAGACUAUUAUGCACAACGUGCUGGUGCUGGUCUUAUUCUUAGUGAAGGUACAUUGAUUGAAGAACUUGGUUCUGAAUGGAGUAAUGCACGUAAGUAUCUUAUGUUUAUCUUGCUUUUUAUGUUAUUCAUAAUGUAUAUUAAAAGUACAGCCGGUAUUUAUACAAAUGAACAAGUAUCUGCUUGGAAGAAAGUUGUUGAUAGUGUUCAUGCUCGUCAAGGGUUAAUGUAUCUUCAAUUAUGGCAUAUUGGACGAGUAGCUCAUCCACUUCUUCAAAAUAAUCGACCAAAUGUUGGACCAUCAGCAGUAGCAGCUACAGGUGGUAAAUUUCCACAAUUACCAAAUGCACCUGGAUAUGUUGUACCAGAAGAAAUUCAAGAUCCUACAUAUUAUGUUACAUUGUAUAAACAAGCUGCUGAAAGAGCUGAAAAAGCUGGAUUUGAUGGAGUUGAAUUGCAUAGUUCAUAUGGUUAUUUACCACAUCAAUUUAUUGAUAAUACAUCAAAUCAUCGAACCGAUGAAUGGGGAGGGUCAGCAGAAAAUCGUUGUCGAUUUCCAUUACGUAUUAUUGAUGAAAUAUCUCGUGUAUACGGAAAUGAUCGCGUUGGUAUUAAACUAACACCCGGUGGUGGUUAUAAUGAUAUGGGUAUGAAUGACAAUGAUACAAGUGAAACUUAUGGAUAUCUUAUCAAAGAAUUAAAUGCUCGACGUCUUGCAUAUAUACAAUUAGCACGUCGUUGGGCUCUUCUGGAUCCGGUAAACCGUGGAAAAGAUGUUGAUAUAUUUCAAUGGAGACAAUUGAUUAACUCCGAACAUACCGCACUUUUUGUCAAUACAGAUUUUACUCGUGAGGAAGGUGUUAAAGUAAUAGAAUCUGGUAUGGCUGAUGCGAUUGUAUUUGGCCGCUUGUAUGUUUCAAAUCCAGAUUUAGCUGAUCGUUUGAUUAAAAAUCGAGAAUUAAAUACGAGCGUAAAUUGGAAAGCUCUCUGCGGUGGUGGAAAAGAAGGCUACACAGAUUAUCCAACAUAUGAACAACAAAAGUUACAACAAUUUUUAUUUAAUAAAGAAUAUUUUUAG